AUGGCGGAGGAGGAGGAUGAGGAGGAGGAUGCGGAGGGAGAGGAGGAUGAAGAGGAAGCGGAGGAGGAUGACGCGGAUGUUGGGGAGGAUGAAAAAGAUGAGAAUGAUGGCGGGGAGGACGAAGAGGAGGAGGAGGAGGAGGAGGAGGAGGAGGAGGAGGAGGAGGAGGAGGAGGAGGAGGAGGAGGAGGAGGCAGAGGAGGAGGAGGAGGAGGAGGAGGAGGAGGAGGAGGAGGAGGAGGAGGAGGAGGAGGAGGAGGAGGCAGAGGAGGAGGAGGAGGAGGAGGAGGAGGAGGAGGAGGAGGAGGAGGAGGAGGAGGAGGAGGAGGAGGAGCAGGGUGACGACAAGGAGGAGGAUGUGGAUGAGGAGGAGGAGGAGGAGGAGGAGGAGGAGGAGGAGGAGGAGGAGGAGGAGGAGGAGGAGGAGGAGGAGUAG